AUGCACGUAGCUGGCGAUGUCAAUCUUGGGCGCGGUGCACUUCAGUUCAAGGAGUGCCACGCAGAGAACCAGUCGCGGGGAGGAGCGCUGCAUGUGAAAGGGAGCCUUCGGCAGUGGGGCGGCAGCUGCGAAGCCUCCAGCUGCUCUGCCACGCAUGGUGGAGGUGCCAUCGCCGUGGAGGGGCGCUUGGAGGUCUCUGGUGGGAGCAUGUCCAUCUGGAACGCGUCGGUGGGAGCUGGCAAUGGAGGCGCCAUUUUGGCUUCCCAGGGCCUGGUGCAGAGAGGUGGGCAGCUGGCGCUGGAGGGCGGCUCCGCGGAGAACGGAGGAUGUGUGGCUGUCACGGGCAACUUCACCGUGUCCGGUGGGGUCUUCCGAGCUCGUGAAUGCGAGGCGGAGGAGGAAGGAGGUGCUGUUUACGUUCAGCGCGGCAUGGUAGAGGUCUUGGACGGCAAUGUGACCAUGCAGAAUGCCUCUGCAACGGGAAAUGGAGGUGCGAUCGUUGCCGCUGAGGGUCUGCAUCAGCACAGUGGCCAGAUCCUGCUGGAGGGCUGCACAUCCUAUUCGUCCGGAGGAGCCGUGGCCGUCCUGGGCGGGGACGCCUUGAUUUCUGGCGGAGACUUCCGGCUGGCGGAGUGCGUGGCCGGAGUGAAAGGAGGUUGCUUCUACAUCUUGACCGGCCUCUUCCAGGUGUCUGGCGGCCGAAUGUCCAUCCACGACGCGCACGCGUACAAGCAAGGAGGGGCCAUCUCUUCCGAAGUCGGCGCCCAGGGUGUUUCCGUCCGAGGUGGGAGUUUGACUUUGGAACGCUGCCGUUCCGACUCGAACGGGGGUGGAAUCGCGGUGGAGUGGGCUGACGGCUUCCAGAUGUCGGGCGGUGAGUUCCGAUGCACGCAGUGCACCUCAGGGCUUCUUGCAGGUGCAAUUCUCUCCAUGGGCUACGUGAAGAUGUUGGCUGGCGUUGCAAUUAUCCAGGACGCCUAUGCAGGCGCAUUCGGAGGGGCCAUCUACAGCGACCUCAGCUUCGUGCAACGUGGGGGGCGCCUCACUCUCCGCAGCUGUGGCGCCACACGGGGAGGUGGGAUCUCCAUUCGUGAGGGUGGUUUCAACAUCUCAGACGGCCACUUCGAAUGCGAAUCGUGCACAGCCGAGUAUUUCGGAGGUGCCGUGUACGUGCAGAACAACAUCUUCGAGAUCGGCGGUGGAAACGUGUCCAUACGGAAUGCAUCCGCAGGAGAGAGUGGAGGUGGAAUAAUGGCCCAAAAUGGGGCAUUACAGCGUGGUGGGCGAUUGCUGUUAGACGACUGCCACAGUGACCACGCUGGAGGUGGGCUUCUAGUUUGGACGAACGGCUUCAACUUCACUGGCGGCGAGUUCCACAGCUCGCGGUGCUCUUCCGGCCGAGAGGGAGGUGCCGUCUCCGCCGGCGAUGGCGGUUUCGUCGUUUCGGGGGGCAGCAUCACCAUCCGCAACUCGCGGGCUGAAACACACGGAGGUGCGAUCGCCAGUGACGAGGGAUUCCUCCAAAGUGGGGGUCGCCUGGUCAUGGAGGGAUGCUCAGCGGACAGCUAUGGAGGCGGUCUUUUUCUCCAUGGUGGGCACCUGAAGCUCGUGGGUGGCGAGUUUCACAGCAGCGGUUGCACCUCCGGACUACACGGAGGAGCUAUAGCCGUGACGGAUGGAAGCCUCUUCAGCAACGUCACGGUGAACAUCACGAACGCGAAAGCCUCUGACCGUGGCGGCGCGAUCUACGUGAACGGCCAUGCGCACUUUCAAGGCGGCCUCAGCAUUGGCCCAGCGUCCGCUAAUCAGGGCGGCUGUCUUUUUGUCAAGCGCGACAUGACAGUCUCCGGUUCCAGCAUUUUUCAGUCCUGCACAGCCAGCGGUACGGGCGGGGCGCUCUCUGUGAAAGGGAACCUUCGGCUGGGCAACGCAAGCUUCCAGAACUGCUCUGCGCCUGCAGCGUCGGUCUUCACCGUCCUCUACAAUGCCAGCAUGGAUGUGGUCGACAUUCAUGGUGUGACAGGCGCAGAGGCGAGAUGCGGUGAAGCUUUGCGCGUCCGCUUUGCGCAGUGCGCGCAUGCUCCCAGCUGCCGGUUGGAGGGGCAGUCUGUGGACACAAGAGGCAUCGCCUGUGGCCGAGGUCAGGGCUUUCGGCACCCGGUCGGUGUUGCCACCUGCGAGGUCUGCAACGAGGAACUGACCAGGCUCACCAUGCACAGCCCCACGUGCGUGCGCUGCCCCCACGUGCUCGGCACGACUAUCUCCUGCGAACCGGCCAGCCUUUCGGUCCCGGAGGGCUUCAUGGUCGUCCUCGACCUGCACCGUGCAGACGACCUCUCCGAGUGGUACCGGUGCCCCAAUAAGGCGUGCCCUGGAGGCCAACUAAAUGCCAGCACAGAGAUCGGCAAGCCGGUGCAGGUGGUGACGCCAAUGUGCUUGAAGGGCUACGAGGGCCCAGGGUGCGCCAGCUGCGCCGCAGGCUACGCCCGCGGGGAUGCCAACGUGCUCCAGUGCGUGGACUGCUCUCAGUCCUACCAGGCUAGGCGCUACGUCGCUUUCUACAUCGUCAAGACCCUGGCCCUUUUUGUUUCCGCCGUAGCGAGCGUCGCGUUCUCCAAGGGCGAGCGCGCCGCCAGCGCGACGCUCCUGAAUCAGCUGAUGGCCUUCGCGGCGGUGGCCAGCGUUGCGAUGUCCGGCGCCAUGCAGACGAAAGCCUUCGUGAGCCUCCAGCAUGAGACGCAGGACUUGCUGGAGUACCUCUCUCUGCCGGUUGCCGCGGCACAGGGCCAGGGCUCCGGGGGCCAAAUGUCGGCGGAGUGCCUGCUAGGGCUGGUGGGCUGGGAGAAGUCGGUGCACCAAGCGCACAUGCUGAUGUCCAUAUGGCCGGCAGUUCUCGUCGCAGGCUUGGCCGUGAUCAAGGGCGGCUGGCUGGCCGCGGUGGUGGGCACGAACGUCUUCCUGCCGGGCUUUACAGCCGCCUUCGGCAAGUACCUGGUGGCCUAUCGGCUCCGACCCGAAGAUAGCGUCGGCGGGGAGCUACAUUGGGACUUUCUUCCGCCCGGGCCAGCUGCAGCCGUGCGAGCCUCCGUGCUGGCGGCCGUCGUCGCCUGCUUCGCACUGGGUGCCGGGAGCUGGCUGUAUGUGGUGCAAUCUCGCCGCGAACCCAUGCAACCGCACGUGGCCUACCUGAUGCAGGCCUACAAGACGGAGUGCUCGAUCUGGGAGAUCGAGCGCCUCGUGCGGAAGAUGCUUCUGGCCUUAGUCACGGCCAUGCUCCCGGUGACGCUGUCGCCUGCGCUGCAGAUGGAGGCGGUGAGCCUGAUCCUCACAGCCUCAGUGGGCCUGCACUUCUACUUCCAGCCCUACAAGGUCGAUUUCUUCAACAACUCCGAGAUUGCGCUUUUAGUCCUGGCGUUGACCAUGACUGGGCUUACGACGUGCCUUGUGGCCAACGACCUCCAUUGGGCGAGAACCAUGCUGACGCAACAGGUGAUGAUCUUUCUGAUUUGCUUCCUGGCGGCAGGGGUCUGUCUAGUGAUGAUGCUCCGCUUCGCCUUCGCGUUUCUUGCCGAGCGCCGCGCGCGGGCGGCCUUGAAAGGCUUGAGCGGGAGUGGCACAGGCCGCAACCCCGCUGAAGGUGCUGUAGGCCGUCGCAAUUUGCCAUAG